AUGGCGGAUUCUAGCUCCCAAAAUUCCGAUUCUAGUAAUUCAAGCUCUCAAAAUAUUCAAGGUUCCUAUUUUCCAAGUUCACAAUACCAUCACAUGUCCUACCCUCAACAACAAUUUCCAUACAACUACCAAAUGUCUUCGAAUUUUCCCCAACAAUUUCCAUUCAACUCUCCUGGUGGUUCAAAUUUUCCUCAACAAUUUCCAUUCAACUCUCCUACUGGAUCAAGCUUUCAUCCACAAUUUUCAUCCAAUUUUCCUUCUACCUAUUUCAUGCCUCCACCAAAUCAAUUUCAGGAAAAUAACUCACAAUUUCCUCAGCAUUCUUCACAAAUUCCAGUUGUUGAUGAUGACGUCGAGGAAGUUGGAAAAUCCACUGCAAAAACCAAGGAGACAAAGGCAGCUUGGAGUCCUGAUGAAGACAUCCUUCUUGUUAAAGCUUGGUACAACACCAGCACCGACUCCAUUAUUGGCAAUCAACAGAAAAGAAAGGAUUUUUGGGAGAAAAUUACUGCUUAUUACAACGAGUGGAAGCCAGAGGGCACCGCUGCGCGAAGUUUAUCACAGGUGAAAAAUCAUUACUAUAGAUUGAAUCCAGAUCUUAAUAAGUGGGCAGGUAUCUAUAACAAUUUCUGGAGCAAUCGAGCGAGCGGACAAGGAGAUGAUGAUGUUCUAGAGGCCAAAAAUGCCACAGAAUCCUCAGAAAAAGGCCACAGAAUCCUCAGAAAAAGGCCAAAAAUUCUGAAACAGACAGUCCAUCUUCUACGGACACUGGAGCUCGAAUGCGACCGAUGGGACAACAGAGAGCUAAACGACAAGCGAAACAAAAGGCUAAAAUGA